AUGAAGAAGCAUCUUCUCAUCCCAUGCAUUUUGUUGAUUAUUUGUCUCCAAGUUGAAGGCAGUCAACCGGUCGCUCAGCCUUCAUUCACUCCAUGCACUUUUCCAACUCCGUUACAACAUCCGUUAUUGUUUCGCCACUACUGCGAGAGACUUCCCACGUUGCCUUUUGUUUGUGAUUUGCAUGACAGUUUAGCCGGUUUGCAGCUGAAAGGAGCUGAAGAUGCGGCACAGAAAUAUCACGAUAGUCUCUACCAGGGAAAUCAGUCAACGGUGGCGGUGAUCAUUGCUCGCAACAUUGAGCAACCUUGGAGAGCUUCGGAUGUCUAUGAUAAAGAAGAAAUGUUAUGUUUAUUGAAUGGUGAUUGUCUCUCAUCGGAAACGGUUCACGGGAUCAUCAACAAUCCGAAAACAUUCUUGAAGGUCUGGACCUGGAAAGUGUAUCAACGCUGGUUUGGAAUGGGUUGCGACAAUGAUCAGUCAAUGAAUGUGUUGAUUCUGAUACUCAUUGAAGGAAUCGCGAACGAUGCUCGGAGGAUUCCAUACGUGAAAUUGUAUUCGGGCAACUAUCGCCUGAUGAGUUACUUGAAGAAUAUGGAGGGAGAGAUCUACAAUUCGCUUGUGCAAAAUUGGGAACUUCCGCGAGUGAUGUAUCAUCUCGUUGAUGAUGUCGGUUUUCACAUCAGAGAGUUCGCCGUGUUAAAUGGCGAAUUCCGAGAGCAUUCCGUUCCACAAUGGGCACGAAAUGUUUUUCUUUUAUGUGCGCUUCUAGUGAUUUUUGCUCUUGUCACCGAGUGGUACAUUGUUCGUCGAAAGUUGGCAAUCAAAAAGAGCGCUUCCGGGAUCAAGAUUUCUGUUGGUAAAAGCAAAACACACUUGAUGUUC